AACCCUUCCUUGCCUUCUGCUUCCUCCUUCCUGUAUCUGUCAGGGUGGGUCCGGGGAGGAAGGGAUCUGGGUGGGUCCAUGCACCACCAUUUCUGGAUGAGGCUCUGAAGCUGACGGAAAAGGGAAGGGAAGGGAAAGGAAAGGGUGGGCUGGGCUCCUGCGCCCACCAGACUCUGGAGGUAAACAUUACUGCCUGCUUUUGCUGCCCUUCUUGUGCAGCGCUGGCCCACCUGCUCCCCGCUGUGUAUUUGUUUUGUUGUGCUAGGAGCAGGCUCCUCUCCGCAAGUAAAGACCUUCAGAGAGGAAGACCCUGUCUCAGCAGCCUCCAGGUUGUGCUCCCUUCCCACUGUCCCCACCUCCUUCCCUCUGACCUUGGGGCUGUGGGAGCAGAGCAGCCAGAGGUGGCUUCUGACCAGUAUCCCCCUGGGGAGGCCACUCCAGGCCCUUCCUCUGGGGCUGCUGGAAAUGGGGCCACUGUGCACCAUUCCCAACCUUCCCUGAGGGGAGGAGCCUGAGGGAGUGAGAACCCCGGCUGCAUCCCAUGGGGUAUCCUGUGCGAAAACCUCUGGGGGCCGGGCCUGGUGCAAGGGGCAGAGUGCAUCUCUCAUAGCUGAGCAGAUCUCCAGGUGACUCUGGCUGUCAGGCUCUAUUCUUCAUGUGGUGGGUGGCGACCACCCUGGGUUCCCCUACUUCCCUUUCUGGGUUCCCACUUUGGCCUCGGGCAGAGACAAACCCCAAGAGAUGGCAUGAUCCACAGGCCCUUGUGUCUGUUGACGGUGUAGGCCCUGCCCUCUGCCAGGUAUCACCAGGUACUUUAUUGGCACCUUCCUUACGCCAGCCUUCUGAACUAGGUGGUACCCCCAUUUUGCAGAGGAAAAAGUUGAGGGUCAGAAAGGUUAGUUGAUCCAUGGCCGGGAAAGCAAUGGCAGAUUAGGAUUCCAAAGCCCUUGGGCUUUUCCACUUGAGACUAACAUAGGGUAUGAGAGAGUCUGGGCUGGGAGGUAGGGAGUCUGGUUCUUUCUAGCCAGUAGCCAGCGAAGCCAGGGCACGCAUUCCUGCUCACCCCCUGGCAGGUGCCUGUAGACACACUGGGGGCUGGUCAUCCAGGUCACAUGGCCGGAUGCCACCAUGGGCGUCUCUCCUGUAGCAUCCUUUGUCCUCCCUCCCUAGGCUCUCAGCAGCCAGCUGGAGGUUCAUGGAGCCUUUGAGUCCUUUCCCAUCCUGUCCCCUUUGGGUGUGACAGGCUUCUCUCAGGUCCGUCACGAGAAGGCUGAGGGGUAGACGUUGUGCUCGGCUCUUGGUGUCAGAACGCCGUGGGGCCUCCUGCAGUGACCUCCCCACGUAACUCGUGCGACGAUGGAGAUGGGAGAGCACGCAGUGUGAAAAUACCACCGCCCAGGGCUGUGCUGUGGGGAAGGGCUGGGACAGGCCUGAGGCCAGCCAGGGCUUCUCAUUGGACCCACGAGAAGCCUCAGCAGAGAUCGGAAGUCUGGUAUCAGGCUGUUGCUGACCAGAGGACAGAGGUUUCUAUGGCGACCAGAGGAGCAGGAAGCAUGGGGCCUGGGAGGGAGGGGGCACUGGGAGCACAGACGCAUGGGUGCCUUGCUGGACACCUUCUCAUAAAAGAUCAAUUUGGCCAGUCUCACAGCCUCCUUGGACAAACAAGGAAACUGAGGCCCGUGUGGGGACGGUCACCCAACACCGGCCUGGCCUAGCCUGCCUUGCUCCCCACUCACAGGGACCGUGCCGCCAGGCAGCCUAUGAGGCCCCAGGACGCUUGCACUUGGGGUUGUCCAGCAGCGUGUGGGCCAGAGCGCCGUGGGAGCGCCUGUCGGCUGCCGCCCUAUCAUGAGGCGGCCUCUGCGCCCUGGCCCCUCUUGUCGGUUUGGGUCUGGGGCAGCAGGCAGGGCCCAGACCUCAUCCCUGUUCAGAGUGCCUGCAGCACCUCCCCCCUACUGACUGUGGCCUUUUGUUUUCUGGGUGACACUGGCAUCAGGCGGUGUAUCCGGGUGACUAAUCUCCUCCAGGCUGGGCAGCUGUCACAGGGCGGCCUGACCGGACGGCUGGGGAAAGCUGACACCCUGGGGGAGCGCUGGCAAGUCAGCGCCCGGGCAGCAGUGGGCAGCCAGGCCUCCAGGCUUCUCUCCCCAGGUGCUGAACAGACUGGAGUCAGGCAGCCCUGGGUUUGGGUCCUGGUCCUGCCGCUGACCGGUCUUGUGACCUGGGCCACAUGCUGUGCCUGUCCAGGCCUCACAGGGUUGUGCUGGGGAUCAAGUGUGACGGUAAAUGAAAGUACUUAGCUCAGGGCCGUUCCACUGCAGGUCUUCAGUCAGUGGGGCUGUUGUUGCUCUUAUUAGGGCUCCCCUCCCUGUGCUGUCCCCACUCAGCUCCAGCCCUGUAGCCUAAAAGGAAGGAGCCUAUUCUCCACCGCCGCUCUGGGGUACAGGCUUUGCCUUCACGCAGACUUGGGUUCCAUCACUGGCUCCCUAUUGACUCGCUGUGGACUUCAGGCAUGUUACCGCCUUGUGCCUCAGUUUCCCAUCAGGAACAUGGCAGGAUUCAGACCUAUUCUUCUGCUUCGCUCUGGCUUAUAAAAUGACACGUGUGUUUGUGAAGGGCUUAGCAGAGUGCCUGGCACAUGGUGAGCUCAAUAAACGUUAGCUGUGAUGAUACUGAUUGCAUUAGGAAGCCGGGAGCUCUCUGCCCACGCCCGUCCUCUUGCCCACCCAGCUUAACUCCUGCCCUUCUCCCUGUCCCCUGCAGAGGUGGUUGCCUGUAACAGGCGGUCUCCAACCCUGCUUCCCCAGGCACCCUGCCUCCCCACACCUUGGCUCCGUGUGCCCCUCCCUGGAUACCCCCGCACCCAUCCGGGGCUUUAGCCUGGCGUUGCUCCCCCAGACCACCGUGAGUGGGCGGUGGGAGAAACAGCCAGUAGACUCGCAGCCCGGGCCAGAGUCCUCGAGCCUAGCGUCCACCCCCGUUUGUCCAAGGCUCGCACCCGCCGUGCCUGACUUCUGCCGGGCCCUCAGCAGGCAGACGUGUUUCUCUUGUCGGGCCUAGGCAGGUGUCCCAUGACUGUGGCUCGGACCUCUCUGUGGCUGCAAGGGCUCAGGAGAUCACCCGAUGGUGGGGCACAGGCAUCCCUGAAGGCAUUCUGAAGGCAUUCCCGUCCUCUUCCCCCACCCAAGCCUACCGGGCUUCCCGCCCUUCCCCACCGUUCAGAAGUGAGGGUGCAGGAAUCCAGCAGCCUGUGAAGAAGGGGCAGCCAGGAGUAGGUGAGCUGGCGAAGGAAGCUGGGCCCAUGUUCAGCACAGGUCAAGGGAGGAUGGUUUGAGGAAGGAUCGUCCUGUGGGUCCUGCCUCCCUCAGGAGGGAGCUCUGGGCUGAGCAUUAGAGCUUCUAGCUUUGGGCCGGAAGGGUUUGCAGACCUCACCGGGGGGCAGCCGGUACUUCCACACGAGGGAGAUGAGGGAGAUGCGAGGGAGAUGAGGGAGAUGCGUACUAGGCCUCUGCAGCGCGGUAAGACAGAGCAGUCUAGAACAGGAAAGUUCUUUCUUGUAGCCCCUCAGAGCUAGAGAUGCACAGCCAGAGCGCUUUCCUCUUGGCUCGGGCCUCUCGUUGCUCCCCAUACAGGGUGCCCCUGUGUGAGGCCUGGGGUGGCUCUCCCCUGGUCUUGAGGGCCUUGGUCCCCAGGGCCCUUUGAUCCCUAAGUCACAUCCUCUCCGCAUCAAGUGCCCUCUCAGCCUGACCCCACGACUUGCAGCUGAGAGAGUCUAGGGGCAUAACCGGACUGAAUUUCUUUUCAGAGAGCCUCAUUUUAUUAUCAUAGCUUAGUUUGUGCCAUGUCCUGGGAGGGGACACCUAAACCCAGGCUGCCCUGAGUCGGUAGCCAAACAAAGGCCCAAAGAGAGGGAAAGAAAAGGCUUUUCCUUGGCCCCUCAGUCUGAGGAGGCCAGCUGCAACCUGGGACCCAGGACUGCGGGCUUCCAGCUUCCUUUUUUCUUUUCCAUCAGCUUCAGGCUAGGGAGCCAAAGGCCAGGGUUUUGUGGUGUAUGGUGCCUGGACGGGGAGCCGCAUGGGGAGCCAGAAGCCCUUCCCCCAUAACUCCUGGGGCGGCAUAGGGUAUAACUGGGGAGCGUGUUAGUGCUUCCCCCUGUGACAAAGAUGGGCCCCCUGAGGAUUCCGUGGUACCCUCAGACACCAUGUUGAUGGAGGUCAGAGGCCGUGGACCCUCCCCCUUCCUCCCUGUGUCCCUUGUCCACUCAAGGGCAGAGGCUGUGGCUGGGCGCCUGGGCGCAGGGCGGGCCCCAGCCUGGCACAGCCCCUGAUGCUCCCGGUCUCUGCCCCACAGCUGUCCGCCUGCCCCUGCCAUGGAGACCUUCUUUAGGACACACUUCCAGCGGAAGGUGCCUGGCCCUGGGGAGGGCCAGCGGCAGCCCAGCGGCGUGGGGCUGCCCACAGGCAAGGCCCGACGCCGCUCCCCUGCCGGGCAGGCGUCCUCCUCACUGGCACAGCGGCGCCGCUCCAGUGCGCAGCUCCAGGGCUGCCUCCUGAGCUGUGGGGGGAGCGUCCGGGUUCCCAGCCGCCGGCGCUCCAGCACUGUGCCCCCUGCCUGCAACCCCCGCUUCAUCGUGGACGAGGGGCCCACCCUGCAGCCUGCCGCGGCCGGGCCCCAGCUUCUGGGCACAUGCCUGCUGUUGGCAGGGCUCGUAGGCAUGAGCGAGGAGGAGGAUGUGGCCGUUGCGGCACCGAGUGCCACCCAGCCAGGCACCAGGAGACUGGGGCCCUCCUCGCACCAGGGCACCCUCGCGCCCAUGCUUCGCUGCCUGCGCCGGCGCCGGGCCUCCUCCCACCUGCUCCCGGCUGACGUGGUGUAUGACCGUGCCCUGUGGGGCCUGCACGGCUACUACCGGCGCCUCAGCCAGCAGCGGUCUCCAGGCCAGCACCUCGGCACGGGGGGCCGAAGAGCCUCGGGCACCCCCGCUGGCGCGCCGAUGGCCGCCUGUGUGCGCCCACUGUCCCGCAGGCGUCAGGUGGCCCUGCGGCGCAAGUCGGCAGGACCCCAGGCCUGGAGCGCCCUGCUUGCGAAAGCCAUCACCAAGUCAGGCCUCCAGCACCUGGCACCCCCUCCUCCCACUCCUGGAGCCCCAUGCGGUGAGCCGGAGCGGCAGAUUCGGAGCACUGUGGACUGGAGCGAGUCCGCGACGUAUGGGGAACACAUCUGGUUCGAGACCAACGUGUCGGGGGACUUCUGCUAUGUUGGGGAGCAGUACUGUGUAGCUAAGAUGCUGCAGAAAUCAGUGUCCCGGAGAAAGUGUGCAGCCUGCAAGAUCGUGGUGCACACCCCCUGCAUCGAACAGCUGGAGAAGAUAAAUUUCCGCUGUAAGCCGUCUUUCCGUGAAUCAGGCUCCAGGAACAUCCGUGAGCCAACCUUUGUGCGGCACCACUGGGUACACCGGCGACGCCAGGAUGGCAAGUGUCGGCACUGUGGGAAGGGCUUCCAGCAGAAGUUCACCUUCCACAGCAAGGAGAUUGUGGCCAUCAGUUGCUCCUGGUGCAAGCAGGCCUACCACAGCAAGGUGUCCUGCUUCAUGCUGCAACAGAUAGAGGAGCCGUGCUCCCUGGGCGUGCACGCGGCCGUGGUCAUCCCGCCCACCUGGAUCCUCCGCGCCCGCAGGCCACAGAAUACCCUCAAGGCAAGCAAGAAGAAGAAGAGAGCAUCCUUCAAGAGGAAAUCUAGCAAGAAAGGGCCAGAGGAGGGCCGCUGGAGACCCUUCAUCAUCAGACCCACCCCCUCUCCCCUCAUGAAGCCCCUGCUGGUGUUUGUGAACCCCAAGAGUGGGGGCAACCAGGGCGCUAAGAUCAUCCAGUCCUUCCUGUGGUAUCUCAACCCCCGACAAGUGUUUGACCUGAGCCAGGGAGGCCCCAAGGAGGCGCUGGAGAUGUACCGCAAAGUGCACAACCUGCGGAUCCUGGCAUGUGGAGGCGACGGCACGGUCGGCUGGAUCCUUUCCACUCUGGACCAGCUGCGCUUAAAGCCCCCACCACCUGUUGCCAUUCUGCCCCUGGGCACUGGCAAUGACUUGGCCCGUACCCUCAACUGGGGUGGGGGCUACACGGAUGAGCCCGUGUCCAAGAUCCUAUCCCACGUGGAGGAGGGGAACGUGGUGCAGCUAGACCGCUGGGACCUCCGUGCUGAGCCCAACCCCGAUGCGGGGCCGGAGGAGCGCGACGAGGGCGCCACUGACCGGCUGCCCCUGGAUGUCUUCAACAAUUACUUCAGCCUGGGCUUUGAUGCCCACGUCACCCUGGAGUUUCAUGAGUCUCGAGAGGCCAACCCAGAGAAAUUCAACAGCCGCUUUCGGAAUAAGAUGUUCUAUGCCGGGACAGCCUUCUCUGACUUCCUGAUGGGCAGCUCUAAGGACUUGGCCAAGCACAUCCGAGUGGUGUGUGACGGGACUGACCUGACCCCCAAGAUUCAUGACCUAAAACCCCAGUGCAUCGUUUUCCUGAACAUCCCCAGGUACUGCGCAGGCACCAUGCCCUGGGGCCACCCUGGGGAGCACCACGAAUUUGAGCCCCAGCGGCACGAUGAUGGCUACCUCGAGGUCAUUGGCUUUACCAUGACGUCCCUGGCAGCACUGCAGGUGGGCGGGCACGGCGAGCGGCUGACACAGUGCCGCGAGGUGGUGCUCACCACGUCCAAGGCCAUCCCGGUGCAGGUGGACGGUGAGCCCUGCAAGCUUGCAGCCUCACGCAUUCGCAUCGCCCUGCGUAACCAGGCCACCAUGGUGCAGAAGGCCAAGCGGCGGAGCGCCGCCCCCCUGCACAGCGACCAGCAGCCCGUGCCCGAGCAGCUCCGGGUCCAGGUGAGCAGAGUCAGCAUGCACGACUACGAGGCCCUGCAUUACGACAAGGAACAGCUCAAGGAGGCCUCCGUGCCACUGGGCACUGUGGUGGUCCCUGGAGACAGCGACCUGGAGCUUUGCCGCGCCCACAUCGAGAGGCUCCAGCAGGAGCCCGAAGGUGCUGGAGCCAAGUCCCCUGCCUGCCAGAAACUGUCCCCCAAGUGGUGCUUCCUAGACGCCACCACUGCCAGCCGCUUCUACAGGAUCGACCGGGCCCAGGAACACCUCAACUAUGUGACGGAGAUCGCACAGGACGAGAUUUAUAUCUUGGACCCUGAGCUGCUGGGGGCAUCGGCCCGGCCUGACCUUCCAACCCCCACUUCCCCCCUCCCCACCUCCCCCUGCUCACCCACACUCCGGUCGCUGCCAGGGGAUACGGCGCCCCCUAAAGGUGAGGAGCUCAUUGAGGCUGCCAAGAGGAACAACUUCUGUAAGCUCCAGGAGCUGCACCGAGCUGGGGGCGACCUUAUGCACCGGGACGAGCAGAGCCGAACGCUCCUGCAUCAUGCCGUUAGCACGGGCAGCAAGGAUGUGGUCCGCUACCUGCUGGACCACGCACCCCCAGAGAUCCUUGACGCUGUGGAGGAGAACGGGGAGACCUGUCUGCACCAGGCGGCAGCCCUGGGCCAGCGCACCAUCUGCCACUACAUCGUGGAGGCGGGGGCCUCCCUCAUGAAGACGGACCAGCAGGGCGACACUCCCCGGCAGCGGGCGGAGAAGGCCCAGGACACGGAGCUGGCCGCCUACCUGGAGAACCGGCAGCACUACCAGAUGGUCCAGCGGGAGGACCAGGAGACGGCUGUGUAGCUGCGAGACCCGUGGCCACCGGAGGGGGAGCCCCCCAUCGCCCACCUCACUGCCACAUUCCAGUCGGAUGACCACGGGGGGACCCGUGCCCCAGGGAAGGAGCCCCGUGCUGCCCCCUGAGGAGCUGCCCAGGCCUAGGGCUGGACUCUGAGGAGCUGGGGGAUCUCACCUGUGGCCUGAGGCCUCAACCUGACCCCAGGCUGACAGGGGGACAGGAGACUGCACUGGACGGGGCAGGCCUUUGAGGGGACUGGGGCUGGACCACUUCAGGGCGGCCCUCGCCCUCCCCGCCAUGGGUGCCCUCCCUGGGCCUUGGGGUACACGGGGAGGGCAGCGGGGCCGGGGACCCUAUCAGGGAGCCUUCGGGAAGAGGGUUCCUAAGCCACCCGGUUGGUGAGGGCCCUGACUCUGAGCCUGGCAGCCUGGGCCCCCUCUCCUGCCCCAUCCCACCCUCCUGGGGAGCUUCCUCCUGGAAACACAGAACCUGCCGCGUUUGCGCCCGCUGCCCCGCUUGGUGCCCACCCCCAGAGACCCUGUGUACCCAGUCAUUUCAUCACCGCCGACUGUGUGGCCUGGGGGUUGGAGUGGGGGCUCUUGUGGUGACAUGUUUACAGCUGGGUGUGACUCAGUAAAGAGGAUUUUUUUCCUUUCUGCUCUUC